AUGAUAAUACUCGAAAAUGAAGCAAACGAGCCAGGAUUCAGAAUACAACAGCGUGCUGAGUCGGAAACUGGGAAGAAGGGACGAUUCGGUGGGAUUCUAAAGGAAAAUCCAAUUAAAGGAUUCAGCAGUGAGACUCUCACACGCCCUCUGACAGGUCUUUUUCGAAAAACUGGAAAAUCGCAGAGGAAAACUGAUGAUGAUGAUUCACAGGAGACGAUCGCUGCACCGCCAACCAAUUUCCCGAAUAUGGCAAGGAUUUCCGCUACUAUAGAAAGUGUGCAGAUUAAUGAUGAGUAUGCGGGUUAUCGAGACCGCAAUCCGGAAACUGGAAGCAAGUUGACAUUAAACGAAGGUGCGGGCGUUUUUGGAAAUGCCAUGCAUCCACUCACACGAUAUUUCAAAGUCGGAGAUGUUGACGUUUCCAUUCUCGGGCGAUCGUUUCCAACUGAAAAGACGGUGGACGAAGAGGGUCCAUGGACUGCUCAAAGCCUCUUCAAUUCUCUCGAGUCUCGCAUUAAAAAGGAAAGGAUAGAUGCGAAAGAUCAACCGUCCGAUUCUCGUUCCCGAAAUGCUCGUGAAACUUUGAUUUCCAGCAAAUAUUAAUCUGUAACUGAAAAUCUAAAGUAUACUUGUGAUAUCAAUAAAAAUAAAUCAUCAUC